CUACGCUGCAGGCUGCAGCCUUUACCGCUGCCAUCAAUUGCCAAAAUCCAGGUGGAGACAAAUCCAUAGCAGCGGAAACAGACUGUAAAGAACGUUUCGACUGACGCGUGUUCACCACCGUCUUUAAACCGAGCGUCGAAUUCCUAACGCCCUUCCUUUUACAUUCACCACCAUAUAUAAUAUAUUGGAUUACAGCGACCUACUCUCUCCCAAAAUUUCACAAUCUACAGUGCGGUGGUAGGUCCACUCCGGUCCCGGUGUGUUUCGUUUUCAUAUCUCUUUUCAGCCAUUUUUCUUUUUUUCUUUUUUACUAUAUAAGAGUUUGGAGAGUGUGAUAUAGCUCUCAAAUGGAGCCUCAAGUGGUAAAAAAGAGAGGCCGAAAACCCAAGCCCAAAGACGAGAAAGAUCUGCAACAGCAACAUCAGAGUGCAGCCUCCAAAAUGAAGGAGGGAAAGAAAGCUCAACCUUCUGUCGAUGAGAAGUACACUCAAUGGAAGUCUUUGGUUCCAGUUCUCUAUGACUGGCUUGCUAAUCAUAAUCUUGUUUGGCCUUCUCUCUCUUGCCGAUGGGGCCCACAGCUUGAGCAAGCUACUUACAAGAAUCGCCAACGUCUAUACCUUUCCGAGCAGACUGAUGGUAGUGUUCCAAAUACUUUGGUUAUUGCAAAUUGUGAAGUUGUUAAGCCCAGAGUUGCUGCUGCAGAGCAUAUAUCUCAGUUUAACGAAGAAGCACGUUCUCCAUUUGUUAAGAAGUACAAGACCAUCAUACAUCCUGGAGAGGUGAACAGGAUCAGGGAACUCCCACAGAAUAGUAGGAUUGUGGCCACUCAUACUGACAGCCCUGAUGUUCUCAUAUGGGAUGUUGAAGCACAGCCCAAUCGCCAUGCUGUUCUUGGAGCUAAUCAUUCUCGUCCAGAUCUGAUUUUGACUGGACAUCAAGAUAAUGCAGAAUUUGCUCUUGCAAUGUGCCCAACUGAACCCUUUGUUCUUUCUGGAGGGAAGGACAGUCAGUGAGUUUUGUUGGGAGCAAUCCAGGACCAUAUGAACAGGCAUCUGCCACUGAUCCAGCCUCAGCCAAGUCCUCCAGGAUCUGGUGGAUGCAAUCAUU